AUCUGGUCGGCCCGGGGGGCUGGCAGCUGGAGGCUUCCGUCGCGGAGCCCCCAGGCGGAGGAGACAUGGCCGCCCCGCGCGACGCCGAGAUCCGGGAAUACGUGCAGACCUACUACGGGCAGGUGCUGAAGAAGUCGGCAGACCUCCGGACCAAUGCCUGUGUCGCCGCAGCUAGAGCCGUCCCCAAGCACAUCCGGGAAGCCUUGCAAAAUGUACAUGAAGAAGUAGCCUUGAGAUAUUAUGGCUGUGGUCUGGUCAUCCCUGAGCAUCUAGAAACCUGCUGGAUUUUGGAUCUGGGCAGUGGAAGUGGCAGAGAUUGCUACGCGCUUAGUCAGCUGGUUGGCGAGAAGGGACACAUCACUGGAAUAGACAUGACCAAAGAGCAGGUAGAAGUGGCUCAAAAGUAUCUUGAUUAUCACAUGGAAAAAUUUGGCUUCCAGACACCCAAUGUGACUUUUAUUCAUGGCUACAUUGAGAAGUUGGGAGAGGCUGGAAUCAAGAAUGAGAGUUAUGAUGUUGUUAUAUCAAAUUGUGUUAUUAACCUUUUGCCUGAUAAACAACAGGUGCUGCAGGAGGUGUAUCAAGUGCUAAAGUGUGGUGGGGAGCUAUAUUUCAGUGACGUCUAUGCUAGCCUUGAAUUGCCAGAAGAAAUCAGGACGCACAAAGUUUUGUGGGGUGAGUGCCUGGGUGGUGCUUUGUACUGGAAGGAUCUUGCCAUCCUUGCCCAAAAAAUUGGGUUCUGCCCUCCACGUUUGGUCACUGCCAGUCUCAUUACAAUUGAAAACAAGGAACUAGAAAGAGUUGUUGGUGAUUGUCGUUUUGUUUCUGCAACAUUUCGCCUCUUCAAAUGCCCUAAGAAAGGACCAUCCAAAAGAUGCCAAGUUAUUUACAAUGGAGGAAUCACAGGACACGAAAAGGUGCUAAAAUUUGAUGCAAGUUUUACAUUUAAGGAAGGUGAAAUUGUUGAAGUGGAUGAAGAGACAGCAGCUAUCUUGAAGAAUUCACGAUUUGCUCAAGAUUUUCUGAUCAGACCAAUUGGGGAGAAGGUGCCAACAUCUGGAAGCUGUUCUGCUUUAGAAUCAAAGGAUAGAAUCACAGAUCCAUUUAAGCUUGCAGAAGAUUCUGACAAUAUGAAGUCCAGAUGUGCCCCUGAUGUCGCUGGAAGCUGCUGUGGCACAAAGAAAUGCUGCUAAAGCCACAGUCAACCAAGGGACCACAGUAAUGGGCAAGAGGCUAAGAUUUCAGAAGAGAUUCGCUAGAAAUGGGUGUUGACCUUGCCCUCCAUUCAAACAGAUGAGCAGGUUGGGAAGCCCUCAGAAGUCACCAUAAACCUUCACUAGCAGCUCCUCCCUAAAGAGAGUAUAACUCCUUGAGCUAAAAAGCCUCCAAACUUGAAGGAACAUCCCUUUUACUAAGAAAAGGUAUCUUGAUUGCUUGUGUCUUGGGAAUACAGGAAGCAUAUAACCCCCACCCCUCCCCACCCAGGAUCAGUGUUUCCCUGUGUGAACUUGAGCUUGGGUUUUUUAAAUAUUGUAAAUUAUCUGGGCAAGUCUUUUCUGAUAUUUUUGUUAUUAAGUCCUGAAUUUCUAACUUCUAAAUUGCUGAAUGUCACACUUUCCUCACUGUUCUAGCUUUCUCCAAAAUGCACAGGAAAUGUCUUUAGGUUUGGCAAGCUCUUCCUCACUCCCUUCCCCGUACUCCUAUUCCAAAAGCGUACAUUCAGCAAUUCAGAGCCUUUAAGUUGUCUUCCCUUAUUCACACUUUUUAUGAAGUUAAAAUGGUUUCAUUUUCAAUCAGCUGACUUAGAAGGACCAUGUCUAUCUUUAACCUUUGUCAGAUAUCCCUAAAAAUCCCAACUAUUU